AUAAUUACGUGUCUUUAAUAAUAUCGAAAAAAAUACAAAAGACGUGAGAUGUGUUAGUGAAAAGUUUCAAGAAUUGGUACACGAAAACGUAUCGCGUUUUUAGCGUUCUCGUUACGGUAACAGAUCGGCGCGGGUUCAAAACUAACCGAUCGUGGCGACAUCUGUAAGGUGUAAACAUUUUCAUUUUUCCGAUUCAUUAUUCUGCCUGUGCUUAAUAAUAAUAUUGGAAUCUCUUGUGUUUUGUGUGUGCGUGUACAACAACAAUAAUAAUAUAAUCAUCAACGAUGGCAGAUACCGCUGUUGGGACUGAAACUCCAGCUCCGGCUACACCCGUCAAAAAACCAAAAACAUCCGCGAGUGGUGGUGCUUCCGCGGGCGCUAAGAAACCUAAAGCUAAACCGAGCCAUCCGAAGACGUCGGAAAUGGUGAACAGCGCUAUUGCCGAACUCAAGGAGCGCAGCGGCUCGACUUUACAAGCAAUCAAGAAAUACAUAGCGGCCCAGUACAAGGUGGAUGCUGAAAAAUUAGCACCGUUCAUAAGAAAGUAUCUGAAGAACGCCGUCGAAUCCGGUACUCUAAUACAGACUAAAGGCAAGGGAGCUUCCGGAUCUUUUAAACUGGAAUCGAAGACCUCCGCUUCGAAGAAACCCGGUUCCGGAUCUGGUGGUGCGUCCGGUGGCAGUUCCGUAAGGGCAGCAAAGGGCAACGCUUCGUCCGCUUCCGCUUCGGCAGCGUCUAAAGGCGGCAGCAGCAACAAAAAGGGAGGGGCCGGCGCCGGUGGUGCCGCUUCGACUUCUUCGGGGGCGGCUGCCGGCAGGGCCGGAAAGAAAGCGGCUGCAGCGUCAGCUUCAUCGCCGUCGAAAGGUAAAUCUUCGAUUGCCGCAACCGCCGCAGUUUCGGUAAAGGAGAAAAGAGCCGCCGCCGCCGCGAAAAAGAAGCCCGCCGCCGCUGCUAGGAAGUCUGGAGCGAGCGCUAAAGCUGCGGCCGCCAAGAGCGCGCCGAAAGCUAAGAAAACAGCUAAACCACCAACAAAGAAACCGAAAGCGCCUAAACCGAAAAAGGCCACCGCCUCGACGCCUAAAACGAAACCUUCGGCCAAAAAAGCGUCCGCCGCUUCGAAGAAGUGAUUCAUUGGGUACAACAGCAGCAGCACACAAUGAUUUAAAAAUACAUACAAAUAUAUUAAAACGAA